AUGCGCGGUCCUUCAACGGCUGCGGGCGGCAUCAAGGGCAUGCUCGGCUGGGACGAAGAGUGGGACAACACCCAAGGAGGGGUCUCGGGAGCUCCGACGCAGAAUGUAGAUGCUGCGGGAUUGACUGAGUUUGACAAGGGCGCGCGCAACGUGCCAACUUCUGUCAAAGUCGAGCUACGCUCCAGCUACCCAUUGGAAGUCUAUACCGUCUCAGUCCGCUUCAGCGCGCGCAUGGAAGGUCUACGCUGGCUUAUGUACCGAUACUGGCUCACCUCUGCCAUCACCGGCACCACCCUCUUCUGGAGCGUCGAAAUGAGUGUCCUGCUCUUCACAUGGGCCAUCUUCACCCUCCUCUUCAGCAAAUCAGACCCCCACCCCGGUCAUAAACAAAUCAAACAAGAAUCCGGCACCACGACCCCCAAGCGCGAAGACACCGAGCCUUCAACCCCCUUCUCUGAAACCUCUCGCACGUUCCCAUCUCUAUCGUCUCACCAGCAAUUGCAAUACCAGGCCCCAGCAGUGCCGAAAUCCGAACGCGACUCCCCCGUGCUCGAAGAUAUACCGACCCGCGAAGAAGCGGAGGCGGAUGAUGAGGAUGAUGAUUUCGUGCUGGAAGAGCCGCUGCCGAGGACUGGGGAGAAAGAUGGAGAGGGGUUUGAGUCGACGCAGGAGUGGGAGGAGGAGUGGAGAUGA